AUGACUGAAGAAUUGGUUAAAGCUCUUGAACUUAUACCAUCGACUAUCUCAUCAGUUGCUGGUUCUUCUACAUCCAACAACGAAAUGUUUAAUACUUCAGGAACAUCAACUGAUACAUCCAAACCUCUUACAGAUGUUCAAGUAGUAAGUCCAUCGAAUCAAACUUUUAAUCCUUCAUCUAAACCUCUUUGUCCAUAUUCUGAAGCUACAAAUAUUUGUGAUUUCAAAUGCCUAUAUUUUCAUGGAAAUAUUUGUGAUUUGUGUAGUUGUGCAGCUCUUCAUCAAAAAUUUCGGAAACAACAUACAAAUACCGAUAUUCAAAGUAUUCUCAAAGUUAUAACCGAAAGUAUGGAGCGCGCCGUAGUUUGUAUAAUUCAGAACGCCUCUAUUUAUUCACUGUUAGGUAUUGUGUUGUUGAUAAGCAAAUUUUCGAAUAAAAUAAUUGAUGUGAUAGUAAAAUCAAGCAUAUGUAAAGCAUGUCAGUAUUUAGCAACAAAAAACCCCAUCGAAGCUGAGAGUUUAUCUGAAGAUCACAAAAAUGAAUGCACAACAAAUCACGAGGGUAGCAAUGGCAAAAUGGAGGUCGACAGUGUUUCUGAAAUAUUCAAGCGUUCUGAGGAGCGUUAUGGUUUGAAAUACGUUAAAUACAUUGUUCAAACAGCCAGAAACUACGUCGACACCGUUGAUAAUGCUCGUAUUUUGAGAGCGAAAAAUCUACAGAAGCUUACUCUAAAGAGGCCAAAACCUACGUAG